AUGACAAAACCCCUUAACACAGUCGUAACCGUGAAAAGAUUUCAUCGUCAAACGAUGAAAAUAUAUUUAAGGGAUUUCGAAAAUAGUGUCGACGUAGCAAAACAUCGCAAAGCGUUUGAGAAAGAAGAGCAAAGGAUCAUUUCACGAAAUGAAUUGGGAAGUUACGUAUUUAACUUACGUAACAAACUUGAUAAACUACAUAUUCCUAACCGACUCAAAGAUGCAAUUCAAGAAACUAUUGCAUGGCUUGAAAGUAACCAAGAGGCGAUUAAGGAGGAAUAUGAAAAUAAACAAGGAACGCUCAAAGAAAUAGCCAACCCAAUCACGAGAAUAUUUUUUGGCGACACAGACAUCAGUGGGAGUCGAGGAUGA